AUGGCAACUGCACGGCUGCGCAAGGCGUUUCGUUAUCCUGAUGAUUCGGGUGAUGAGGAGCAUGAACGUGAAGAGCUAGACGAGGAGGAGCAGGAUUUAGUGAUAGAACGCUUGCGAGCGCAAAAUAAUAAGCGCAAUGCAGAAUAUACUGUAAAUGACUCUUUUCAGAAGUUGUCACUCUGA